GCUGAGGCAGCUUUGGGCUCAAUAGCCUCCCUCCGGUCAAUCUAUGGCUCCGGCCCACUUCAUUCCACCCUUUUAUUCGUGCCCGCGAAAGCAUGCCCUCCCUCCUAAGCUUUCCGCGUUCCCCACCACUCUCUCUCUCUCCUUGCCGCCGACGCCCAUGGCGAAGAUCUCAGUCGACAUACGCUUUCGCUCCUCCACGCCGGAGAUCCGGCAGGAGAGCGGUACUGGAGGGUCCAGGACAACCGUAUCUCGGGAGCCCGGUCCCCGGCGUCGUCUUUGCCUACCAUUACGUCUUCGACCUGAGCUACGGUAACUCGGUGGUCUACGAUCUGCUCAUCAAGUCAGCAUCCAAGCCGCCGUCGACCUCCUAUUGAUCGAGAAUAUGAUCAUGUCAAACAGCUGCGGCAAAUAAGUUAGUAUUCUUGAUGGGCCAAAGCCCAAUUGAACUGGUGCUUCUUCCUCCCCUCUUCUGCGAGCCCAACAUGAUGGAGGCCGCCCCUUCAGCCAACCUUCGAUCUUUUCGGCGGUGAUGAUGUCCACCUCGGUGGCGUCACCCGGUUCGAGAACUCCCCGGGCUUCCUCAAAUUUCGUGACUCGGGCUCAGCGUUCGCCGAUUCCGAACCCUAUUCCUCUUCCUAAUUCGGUGAUUCUGAGCAAAGCAUUCGCGUUUCUGUCAUGUGGGUCGUCGGAGGUUCAGCCGUGGGUUGCCUAUUCUUGAUUUCGGGUGGUUGCGGACGGCCUGCCCUUUUCCCGCAGGUAAUGAGGACGAUGGAAGAGAAGCCGAUGGUUCGUCCAACGUGGGAUUCAGUUCUUGGGCGAUUGUCAGUCCUGAUUGCAAUAUCAGGUCAUUAUUGUGCCAUCUAAAUUCAUGUUGACAGCCAUCAGAAAUACUCGCUGAUUGCAUGGAGCUUUUUUAAUUUCAAUCGCCUUCUGAGUAAACGGAACAAGCAGAACGAUGUCUACAAGUGUGGAGAGCCUACGUGGAACAUUUUGAGGUGUCCUUGUUUGGAGAGAGCAGGGCACAUGACUUUCCAAAAUCUGACUUCUCCUAUUCGCUAGGAUAAGUUAGUUAUCCAGCCAACUUCAUUGAGAACUUCACAGCUAAAUCACAUCACUCUUUGCAAUGAUAGUCAACUGUACAAUCUGAGGGGGGGAGCUCAUCAAAGUAGAUCCUUGAAGAAGGAUCUGCCUGCAGUUGGAUGCCCAUCGGCGUUGUUGGUGUUGCAGCAUCUUGUCAGCUGUCAGUUCACGGUGGACGACGAGAAGCUGCAGGUCGCCAUGGGAUUCUCUCCACACCGAGCCUGGGCUCUGCUUGGGAGGACUCUGCCUGAUGGUAGCUGUCAUUCUGUCAAUCUAGCUCCAGUGUGACCCUUCAAGAACGUCCAUAGUGGUUUGGUUUUGGUGCAUCAUCGUUACAGUCCACGCCUUGAUCUCCGCUGAUAGGUGCAACAUCAUCGCCAUCCUGAGUCUUGUAUAAGAUGAUUAUUCACUUGAUGGCCAAGACCUUGGUUGCAAUGAUUGCAUGUAACGGAGUCCAUCUGUGGACUGUUAUGUGUAUAUAAUUUUUAUAUUACUCUUUUUUGUUUUUUACUCAAUUGAUUGUACAUUCUUGUGUGUUUAGAUUCAAAAGUUUAUGUGAGUAAAAUAUUUGUGUAUCCAUUAUUACAUUACAAACUGGGAAAUACAAAGAGAAUGUUUAAAUCUCGUUGUUAUUCUCUGAUCAUUAAUUAAUGCUCUGAUUGGCUAAUCUUUCUCUCUAUGUGAUUUUGUUUCCAUCUGUGGUUUAGUAACUCUUUUUUUCAUCUAGUCAUGUUAUUUAUAUACCCCAAAGCAUCAUCUGUUUUCUAUCUUAGCUUCUUUUUGUUCCAAAUCGAUGUUUGCUCGCUCGUUUGGUUGCUGUCUCAGUUCCAUCAGAUCAUGCCAUGACAUCAUAUCCUUAGCUGCUACUUGUUUGGGUUACAUCCCUUCCUAGGCUAGGCUGCAGUGGCCUCCGGGAGAGAUCUUCCGGGACCCCACGAUGCACCCGGAAGUGACGCCGGGUCAUUUCCGCCCUAACUGAGGCUUUCGUCUCAUGCACACAAAAGGUUGGUCUGCAUGUCUUCAUGCAUCACUCCAUCAUCUUAGUCAUUUCUGCUGCUUCACUAUGCACCUUAAAUGAGAGAGAGAGAGGCCUGUCUGCCAUUAAAAAGAUGUCUUUACGUAGAAGAACAUAUACUGAUAUACGAAAGGAAGCUUACUGUUAGAUGUUGUCAAGUGGGAUUCUGGAUCCAAAUUUCGAUCAAAUGGAGGCCGAGAACCAAGAAGGCUUGAUUGAAGGAGCAAGGCCCACGAGCGAGAGAGAGAGAGAGAGAGAGAGAGACAGAGAUAGAUACAUAGAUCCGAAGGCAUUGCAGUAUUUAGUGUGAGUCGCCAUGGUGGCAGAACCAAGGUCCCACACUAGAUCACAACUUAGAUUCACCGAAUGUCCUGACCACUAGCAUUUCUUCAGUCAGAUGGCGGACUCGAAGGCCUAGAUAAUCUGCAUACAAGAAAAACGAAAAAGAGAAUAUGGUAAAGCAAACAUCUUUGCAGCUUUACCUGCAGUGAGGCCCUAAAGACAACAAUUUGGGCAUUGAAGGCUCUGUCCUCAAUCCAGGCUUCUUUAAUCACAAAAGAACAGAUGGAAAUGUGGAGGCACGCUCACACCCAUUUGAACUUUGAGAAGGACCCCAACGAGCGAGAGGACUGAUGCAAGGACCACAAGCAGUAGCCCUGACACUGUAGAUAUAGCCCUUGUGGCCAUUGUUCAGUUUGGGUGUUUGUCUUAAUGUCUUCCCACCCUCCUGUGCUUGGCUUGGCUUUAUUACCUCUCCCCACUGUUGGUGGGGAGACCCAUGCAGGACUCCUUGAGGCCCCCCAUGUCUGUCUCCUCUUUCCCAUCACACAUCGAUAAUGAGGGCAGGUGCCUAAACAGGGGACCAAGCACCUAAAGAUGAUGACUUGACCAUUAUAUCUUUACUUCUAUGAGCAUAUGGGAUGGAAGCAACCACAGAAGUGCAUCAAAGGUGAUGAGGACAUUGACAUUUCAGUGCAUAAUCUCACAUGUUUUUAGAGAGAGAGAGAACUUGAAACUUGGGUCCGGGCAGGAAGAUGGCUUGAUGCAGAGAGUCAGUAUGAGGCUAUAGUGAGAACUUUAAUUGGGAUUUGGAGUUUACUGGAAAGUGGAAUGUCAUGUGAGCUUGCGUCUCUCUCUCAUUGACUUGUCUUACGCACCGGGCUGUUGUCACCUCCAUUCGGUUGCUAUUCAAAUAGGCCUCCUUGCUCUGUACCUUUAGGCUAACUGCUAUUCUUGUAGGGGAUCUUGCUUGGAUUUUGUUUAGAUUUCCUGUUUCCCUUGUGAAAGAUAAGCACCACAAUAAAUAGCAUUGUUAUUGUGCAGUGGCAGCAGCUUGCACAAAACCAGCUUUAGCUUCUCCUAAUGUUUCUUUUCUUAGUUUGCGCAAUAAGAGCACAAUAAGUGGAGUGAAAGAGUCCUGUGAUACACUAUUGUGUUCAGUACUUAACAUAAGAGAUUGCUAGGCGGCUCUUCUUUUUUCAUUAGCAACGCUAAUUCAAGCCUUUUCAUUUAAAAAGAGCACAUUGAUGUUAUGCUGAAGGCCGGAAUAUCCCUAAUAAAACAAAUCUUGCAGAUAAGUUUUACUUCAUUAUGUAGCAGUAUGGUCUCAAACAUUCUUGGUUGCUCGUUUUUAUUCAACUAAGAUAAAGUUGGAGAGCAUGAGCAGGUGCCUUAUGAAUUGUCAAAGUCAUUAGUUUGGACUGUAGUAUCUUGGUACUAAAUUCCACUUUAUCAUUUCACGGUAAGGGGGGACAGAUGGGUUCGUCCUUCUUGGCUGAUGGUUGGAGCUCCCACAUAGCUUCUCCUUUAUUAUUAUUAUUAUUAUUUUUGGGUUUUAUACCUCACCACCACUGACCUUUGUCUCUUGAGCUUUUUAACUGGCCUAGUUCAUUGGUGUUCCUUUCCUCUGAAACCACUGUAUCAAGUGAGGCUGUUGCUUUCCUCGAGGGUGGUGAUGUACCACAUCUCCUCAGACCUUAAAUGUCCAGGCCUAAGCGUUCCAUCCAAAGAAGGAAAUGGCCGAGCCUGUGCUUUGUAUCCUCCCUCGGGCAUGACACAGAAUGAGAGACAAUCUCUUCUGCUCUGUGAAAGCUAAAUGUUGCUAUAGAAUGAUUAAGUUUGCGCAUGCUCAGGGACAGUGCAAAAGGAGGAGGGGAGACCACACCUAUCAACUUUGGCAAAGUAGCACACACAUAGAGUUGUUGGGGUAAAUGACUUUUUGGUAGGUUGAAUGAAAAGCUUUACAGACAUACAUGAAGAUAGUAAGAUUAUGUUAACAGAGAAGCAUGGAGCCAGAAAAUGAUACACUUACUGGACACAGGUAGAAGAUGGAUUUAGUCAAUCUCAGUAGUAGUGUGUCUGGGGCCAGAAGAUGUCGAUAGUAAUAAACAGGGAGAUGUGUCAACCAGUUACUUCUCCAUCCUGUUUGCCCUUCCAUCAUCUGCUUUACCUGUAGAUAAGACAGGAGAUAAGUAUGCUAACCUUUACACUGACAGUCUUUUAUAUCUUUCAUCUGCAAACCUUCUGCGCAAUGGCAUCACCAAUGCCAAUGCCACUAUGUUGUCCUCACUCCUCAGUCCUCUGUGCCAGCUCACGUGUAAGGAACAAGAACCACACGUGUGGAUGCAUGUGCCAACAGAGAUUAUUUAUACACUCGCCUUGCCAUUUACCUGAGGGCCACUGUGAAAAGGGGCAUCACAGACGGAUCUCAAUUAAAACCCUUGCUUUCUUGAACUUUCCAAGCCUGACAAGAUUAAAUAGCUGGUUAGCCGAGACAAGGGGCUCCCUCUUCCCUGGUCGUCCCAUGCUAUUAUCCUCAUAAUAAUCCCACCUUUGCCGGGCAUGGCAGCUUCCAAAGCAUUCUGUACUGGGGGAGCAUUUGUUUCACAGUUCAAAUUAAUGGUGUGCUUGAGCUUGUCUUGAUUUACGUGUAAAUAUCAUGUGGUUGACUUUUCGAAAGGAACCAACGCCGGAUGGCUUUACCAGUAGGAGAGUGGAAGUCAUCAAGCUCUAAACGCCAGCUGCAGGGGACAACUGUGCCUGUUCCUUAGCACCCAUUUGCUUGGCUGUUUAUGUAGGUGGAAGUCUUUACUGAUAGCAACCUUAAGGAAUAUUUAGAGAGAUUAUACAUCUUUUAGAAUGCAUGCAUUUGUUAUAUAGCAGGAACUUUGAAUCCUGCUAAAACACAUUCUCAUCCUGAAACCCUGGAAGAAUUACUGUUUACCAAGAAGAAACAAGAGUUUAGACUGAGUCAUAUUUAGUCUGUCCAAGUUGCAAGAGAUCUAGUAUUCUUCAUUUGGAAUGGAUUAUUCAGAUAUGUAGCAGGGCCAGAUCUCUCUCGGGCUUAAAUGCUGUUGAUGUUCGAGCACAUCAAGCUUUCCACCGAGCCAGGAAAGAAGAUCCCUGAGUACCGCAGUUACUCUUAACCAGUAAAUGAUUGUCAAGAGAUUAGCCUUAUACUACAUGCAAAAUUUUCCACACUGUGAACGCAAGGUUUAUGGCUAGUGAUCGAAUUAUGCUCCUCUGUGUUCUUUAUGGAACUAAGAAGACCAAAACCUCAGAGAAACAAAGGAGUCUUUCAUACAAGCACAUUACUGAAACAACAUCACUGCUACGGAUCACAGCCUCCUGCUUUGUGAUCAUGUCUAUUGUCCUCCAACAUUGAGUUUGACUUGCAUCCUCGGAAAGGGAGAGGAACUUGGACCGAAGGAAGCACGAGCGAAGAAGGACGACACCAAUUAACCUCCACCAUUUAUCCCCUGCUAAAGGGGUUCGAAGGAGGCUUGGAAUGAUGGGGACAUUGCUCCAAGUUAGGAGGCAUCAUAUUGGUGAAUGCACUCAUCAUUGCAGUAAUCAGAAAAGCGAUGGGGAGAAGGAUGACGGCCAUUGAUUUCUGUACGUUGAAACUCCCUUCCCCUCAUUCCUCUUACCAUUCUAUCUUCAUCCCAUCUACUUUUUUUCUGAUCCCAAAUCAUUCUCACUAGAAAAUCUGUCUCCAUGAACACCAUGCACAUCUGCAUGCAUAACAAAAAAGCCUUGAUAGAAGCCACGGAAUCUCCAUAGCCUGCAUAAUAACAUCACCAUCCAACAUGUAGCCUAGGGCCCAAGAAAUCAAUCAGGAAACAAAGGAGAUGAGAACAAUGCUCAUUGCUUCCUUUUAAGAAUUCGUAUUAGAAGCUCGAUGGGACCUGGCAACUUGCAUCCAAAAGUCCCAGGUGUAAAUGUCUACCUAGUGCUGAAACCAGCUAAGGAGGAGGCAUCAUUAGGAUGAACUUGUAGAAUAAUGUCAUGUUACCACUCCUAUGCAAGUAAUUUAGUUCUGAUAAGGAUUGAUGGAGAUGACAGUAUGAUUUGCUUGAUGUAAUCCUGGACCAAACUUAUCUUAAGAUACUGUAUUCUAUAGAGAUCUAAGUACAUUGAUGCUCUCCUAUCCCAGAGAAGCUUUUCUUUCGUGCUUUUAGGCACUUCUCUCAUCAUUCCCGGAAUACAUCAAGCUUAUCAUGAAGACCCACAUCUCACUUUACUUGGAAGCAGCUGUUGACUACAGGAGGAAGGGAGAAGGAGCAUGACAGGAGAUUUGAUCAGUAGCCUUGGAUUGCACUGCAGACUGAUGCAGAGAUAGUACUGCUGUUCCGGAGUGACUGGUUGGACAGUUGUCCUCCCUUUCAAUCUUUCUCGUAGACACGAGACUGUGCAAGUAGCAACCUUGUUUUGGCUACCAUAGCAAAUAUCCUCCUCCUUGAUUCCUACCACAAGGCAAGGAGAUGGAAAGGGCCUCUUCUCCAGUGACAGCACCGCCAUUAAUUCUAUUGCUUUCAAGGGUUUAAGGAUCAAUAAGAAAAGCAGAGGGAGGUGGGGGAGGAAACAAAAGCCACAAGCAUGGUCCUUCUCUGUACACAGAUCCCUAUGGCGUGCUGUGAGGUUGUAUUGAUCCAGUUUUUUGCUUAGUGGAGCUCCUUCCUUUUUCUAGUUUAAAGAGACUUGUAGUCUUCUCCUCCAGUGUCUCUCCUCUCCCCUGCAAUGUCACCGCAUAUGGUGUCGGUAACGGGCGAGCUGAUGAUGUUUCGGCUAUUUUCGUCAUAAGAUGUGUGGGUGUUCUCAGCAGUUCGAUAGCUCAUCCUUUCACAGGAGAUGGUAGAUGACUAGAGACAUGCCCAAUGUGAGGAGAAGAUGAAAUCCAUGAACAACAGCAACUGGUUGGGUUUCUCUCUCUCCACUCGCAUGAACAUGGAGGUGUCUUCAGAGCCCCAUCAUCAUCAUCAUCAUCAUAACCAUCAUGAGAGCCAUCAUCACCAAACACAAACAACCACUGCUGGUGUUUCUUCUGGAGUCCCAUGCAGUCUCUUUCUAUCUCCUCAGUUGAGCAGCACCGAGAUCUGCUAUGGAGGGGAAGGAGAGAAUGGAGGACUCUAUUCUCAGUUGCCUGUCAUGCCACUCAAGUCUGAUGGCUCUCUAUGUAUCAUGGAAGCCCUCAGCAGAUCGCAGCAACAAGGAAUAGUGCCAUCUCCGCCUCCAAAACUAGAAGAUUUCUUAGGUGGUGGUCCAAAUAUGGGGGCCGAUCACCACUGCGGGAACUAUGACAGGGAAGCAAUGGCGUUAAGCUUGGACAGCAUGUACUACUACCAAAACUCGGAGACUCAAGGCAACGGAGCCCAUUCUCUGGACGCUCUCCAUGGGCAGCAGCAUCAUCAGCUCUUCUUGCAACCGUUGCAGGGAGGGAUGUGCUCUGAACUCGCAAGCCAUGAUAUGUAUCAAGCACCGAUGGAGGAGGGAACAAUGGUGGAGGAUGGCAUUCCCAGUCUAAAAAAUUGGGUGGCUAGGAACUAUAACGCUUGCGACAGUGGACUGGGCGAGGAAGGUGGCAUCGGCCCCAGUUCCAUUGGAGCUGUUGGGUUUGGAGAGUUGCAGUCCCUGAGCUUGUCCAUGAGCCCCGGGUCUCAGUCUAGCUGUGUGACGGCUCCAGCACAGGUUUCUUCUACCACCGAGCCCAUGGCCUUUGAUACAACGAGGAAGAUGAGGCCCGCAAAGGGAUGCCAAAAGCAGCCAGUUCACAGGAAGUCCAUCGAUACAUUUGGGCAGAGAACAUCUCAAUACAGAGGUGUUACUAGGCACAGGUGGACAGGUAGAUACGAAGCUCAUCUUUGGGACAAUAGCUGCAAGAAAGAAGGCCAGACAAGAAAAGGAAGGCAAGUUUAUCUAGGGGGUUAUGACACGGAGGAGAAAGCUGCAAGAGCUUAUGACUUGGCUGCAUUGAAGUACUGGGGACCAUCAACACACAUCAACUUCCCUCUGGAAAGUUAUGGAGACGAGCUUGAAGAAAUGAAGAACAUGAGCAGGCAAGAAUACGUCGCCCACUUGAGAAGAAAAAGCAGCGGAUUUUCACGAGGAGCAUCUAUAUACCGAGGAGUAACGAGGCAUCACCAACAUGGAAGAUGGCAAGCUCGAAUUGGCAGGGUUGCUGGAAACAAAGAUCUUUAUCUUGGAACUUUCAGUACUCAGGAGGAAGCAGCUGAAGCAUAUGACAUUGCUGCGAUAAAAUUUCGCGGGGUGAAUGCUGUGACUAACUUUGAUAUAACAAGAUACGAUGUAGAGAAGAUAAUGGCAAGUAGUACGUUGCUUCCGGGAGAACUUGCCAGGAAACACAAGGCAAUCGAAGCAGGAAAAGAUGCUCCAUCAGGAAAAAACCCUAGUCGAGACCCGACUGAAGAAAACAACACUGCUGGUUCUGGAUGGAAGAUGGUGCUCUACCAAUGUGCCCAGCACAAAUCGCCAUCCACCGGAUCUCAUGCUCACGAACCGAUGAUCAUGGGUGGUGAGUAUCGGAGCCCCAUGACAUUCCCAGCGGCACUUCAUGGCCUGAUCGGAGUAGAAGCAGGGAGCUCGGUGCAAGGAGUCGAUGAUUCGGAGAAGAUGAGCAAUGCCCACUUAUCAAACCAAUCAUCGCUGGUGACCAGCUUGGGCAGUUCCAGAGAAGGGAGUCCCGACCGGACCGGUCUCUCCAUGAUGUACGUCAAUGCCUCAACCAAGUUCAAUCCAACUCCGAUGAGUUCAUCGGCUCCACCGGCGCAGCCGAGGCCGACCAUUGCCAUGUCUCAAAUGCCAGUAUUUGCUGCAUGGAAUGAUGUUUAAGCAGUCUCUCACGACGACAAAGCAUGCAAAGUCCAUGAUGGAGUGACAGCAGAAAGCAAAGUUCACACCGGCUAAAGCGAGGAGAUGCCCUUUUUUAUUCCUUUCAGAUGGUUUGGGAGCAGAGAUUGGUGAUGCAUGAUCUUUGUGGGAUCAACCUUGCCUCACAUGUCAGUGGCCUCUUUUGCACCUUUAACUUUGGGGCCUAUAUAGGUGGAGGGAUUUUUGCAGGGAGUGGGCCAAAAGACAAAAACAUGUCACUGUGUGAGAUGAUGUUUAGUUACUACUACUCUGAUUUGGGGUCUUGCCAAGUACAUCAUGAAAAGCAGCUCCAUGCCUCAAAGCAAUGCAGUUUUUAUCUUUUUUGACCA